AUGGAAGCAGCAACAAAGAGCAUCCGCGAAAUAUGCGCAAAGAGCGAUGCUCGUGAACGACAAAAAAUCCAGGAACAGAUUCGGGACCUGCAGAAGGAUCUCUAUAGCGACUGCAUGGCCAAGGAAUUUCAAGAUAAAGUCGUCCUGAUUACAGGUGCUGCGAGCGGUAUUGGCCGCGCAGUAGCCCUCAAACUCUCCUCCCUCGGCGCCUCCGUCUCCCUCUGCGAUCUCAACUUCCCCAGUCUCAACGCCGUAGCCUCAGAAUGCACAACACCCACCCACCUACGCAAAGUCGACGUGGGCUCUUCUACGCAAGUUCAGGAAUUCGUUGACAGUACUGUGAAGGGCCUAGGCCGCUUGGACUAUGUUUUUAAUUGCGCGGGCGUAAAUCCAACAAGCAUGAAGCUCGAAGACACAAGUGAAGAGUACUGGGAUAAACUUGUAAACACGAACCUCAAGGGUGUCUUCCUUGUUACCAAAGCUUGUCUCCCGCAUCUUCAACGCGGCUCAGCGAUUGUCAACGUAAGCAGCGUAUCCGGUAUCCGAGGCUCAGCUCUCCAAUCCGUAUACUGCACAACGAAAUUCGGACUCAUCGGUAUGACGAAGUCGCAUGCGUUGGAGUUUGGUCCUAGAGGUAUCAGGGUCAAUGCCAUUUGUCCGGGGUACAUUGAUACGCCGUCUAAUGCGGGUAUUGUGAAGGGAGGAGAGGCAGUGGAGAGGAUGCGAAAUGGAAAUGCGUUGGAGAGGUUGGGGGAGCCGGAAGAGGUGGCGGAUGUUGUUGCGUUCUUGUUCGGGGAGGGGGCGAGGUAUGUUAAUGGGGCUGUUGUGGAGAUUGAUGGGGGGAUCAAGAUGAGUAGUACCACGAGUAAGUGA